AUGGUCAAGGUCCUCCCACCUCUCGCUCUUGCGAUCGUCUCGUCCAUCAACGGUGGCAUUCUGUCGAACCCGGUCGCAGGAGUGACGACUAACGUCAGGACGACGGACCCGAACCCGGUCGCAGGAGUGAUGGCGAGCGUAACGGCACCGGACCUGGCCUCAGCCACGAUCCAGGGAUCAGGCGUAGCCCGGGGAACACGGGUCGAAGACGCUGCUGAAGAAUCCAGCGACGAAGAAAGGUCUCUACCCAGCAUGAAGUCGACCUUUUUUGAAACCAUGGGAGGCUGGCUCGUCCGCGGAUCAAAGAAGGAUGGACCAAGCAACACUGAUUUUCCAUCGCUUGUCUCGAAGGUGACGCGCUUCGAACAAUCUGGUAACAAGCGCUUGCCAAAGAAGAGGCCACACCCUUUGCCGCAGCCCGGGGCACAGCGUUUGCCAAAGUCCGGGGCACAGCGUUUGCCAAGGAACGGGCCGCACCCUUUGCCGCAGCCCGGGGCACAGCAUUUGCCAAAGUCCGAGGCACAGCGUUUGCCAAAGAACGGGCCACACCCUUUGCCGCAGCCCGAGGCACAGCAUUUGCCAAAGUCCGAGGCACAGCGUUUGCCAAAGAAGGGGCCACACCCUUUGCCGCAGCCCGGGGCACAGCAUUUGCCAAAGUCCGAGGCACAGCGUUUGCCAAAGAAGGGGCCACACCCUUUGCCGCAGCCCGGGGCACAGCAUUUGACGCAGCCAUAA